AUGCCAAAAGUCCUCGUCGCAAACCGUGGUGAAAUCGCUGUAUACACUGAAGGAGACGCGAACCAUGCCAGCUACGCUCAAGAAUCCGUCAAACUCGAGGGAGCAUCCGACUUUUUGAACGUUGCCGCCAUCGCUAAAGUUGCUCAAGAGACUAAAUGCACCCACGUCCACCCUGGCUAUGGAUUCCUGAGCGAGAACCCGAGUUUACCAGAAGCACUCGCAUCUCUGAGUCCACCGGUCGUCUUUAUCGGUCCUUCGAAGGAGGCGCUGCGUCUCGCGGGCGAUAAGAUGCUCUCUAGAGAACUCUCCACUUCGCUAGGUGUGCAAAUUGCGCCUGGGACACACGUCAAAUCCGCUGCAGACGUACUGGGCUUUGGGAAGGAAAUUGGGUAUCCGGUUAUGAUUAAAGCCCUGGAUGGAGGCGGAGGACGCGGAAUUCGAGUUGUAAACUCGGAGACUGAAGUCGAGGAAGCUUUCAAACGGUGUCUGGGAGAAAGCCCCUCCAAACAAGUCUUCGCCGAAAAGGCGCUUACGGGUCCAGGCUGGAAACACAUCGAGGUCCAAAUCAUCGGCGACGGCACCGGAAGCGUGAACCACCUCUGGGAGCGAGAGUGCAGUGUGCAGAGGCGGUUCCAGAAGGUGGUUGAGGUCGCCCCGUCGCGGUUGAGUCGGGCGAUGGUCCAGCCGUUGCUCGAUGCUUCGAUUACGAUCGCCCGACACCUCAAGUACCACGGUUUGGGCACCUUUGAGUACCUCGUCGACGCGAAGACGGGGAAUUGGGUGUUCUUGGAGAUUAACCCCCGCGUUCAGGUCGAGCAUACCAUCACUGAGGAAGUAAAUGACGUCGACCUCGUCCGCGCCCAACUACAACUAUUCACCAACAAAACCCUGAAGGACCUUAACCUAGACCAACCCUUCCCCGCUCCUCAAUCCAGCGCGAUCCAGCUCCGUCUAACAGCCGAAGACCCUCUCAAAUCCUUCCAACUCUCACCUGGUACAAUCCGUCCAUCCGACGUAAUCUGGCCAGCCGGCCGCGGCAUCCGCAUCGACACCUGGUUAUCCAACGGUCCCUAUGCAGGCUCCACCGAGUGGAUUGUAGGAACCGAAUUCGAUUCCUUAUUAGCGAAGAUCAUCGUACGCGCGUCGAGCUUCGAAGAGAUGAACCAGAAGGCUUUGAGAGCACUGGCCGAGUUUAGUGUCGGAAGCACCGUGCAGACCAACCUACCCGUUCUCGCAGGCGUCGUCGCCCAUCCCGACUGGAACUCUGGAAACAUCGAUACCCUCUGGCUAGAACGGAAUUUACAACAAGUCCUCGACCUCGGUGCCAAAUCCACCGCACGGACACGCUCAACCGCCAUCCAAUCUUCAACCACCUCAAACUCCACUUCCACCGGAGGACAAGCCACAGCCUUCCUCCAACCAGGCGCCCUCUUCCACCUCACCCUCUCACCCACACCCUCCUCAGGCACGCCAGGCCCCACAACCAAACACACCCUAACCCUCUCCUCAAUCGGCCAAAACGCCUUCCCCGACGCGCUCUCAGGGACACUCCAAACCUCUCUCACGCCUACACCCUUUGCGUUUAGUCUGGCGCAAUCGUCGUCGGCGGCGGUGGACGCUGGGUCGUUCGAGUUGGCGGACCCUAAUAACCCUGCGCAUGUGGGCACCCCGUUGACUGGUAAGAUUGUAGAGCUGCAUCCUGCCUUGGUGGAUGCUUCCAAAACCGCGGACGACACAGGUGGGGAUGGGGAUGUUGGAAAGAGGAGAGUGAGGAAGGGCGAGACGGUUCUCGUCCUCAGCGUGAUGAAGAUGGAGAACUCGAUUGUGGCUCCGUUUGAUGGGUAUAUUUCGAAAGUUGGCAAGGGGAUUAGGGUGGGCGUCGUCGUUGGGGAGGGCGUGUUGGUUUGUGUUGUGGAUGAUGGGAAGGGGUCGGGGAGUAGGCUUUAA